CGAGCCGUACUUCUUCGGGUGAUACAAAAAUCCACGAACGCAAACCACCACCACCAUCACCACCACCGCCAUCACCACCACCAACAACAGCAGCAGCAGCCAUCACACCAAAGGGGGCUUAGGAAUCAAACUUGCGAAUUGCACUGCAGAGAUCUUGAAAUUGGUUUCAGAAGGGAAAUAUUUCAAGCAAAAUUUUUUAAACUAAAGCAGUUAUUUGGUUUUUCUUCUUCUUUUCUCCCGAAUCCCCAGAAGUUUGUGGUAAAAAAAAAUAUAUAUAAAGGCAUUUAUUAUGAUCAUAAAAAUUGUGGAAAUUUCGUUAAAGUGAGAUGGAGUAGUUGGUCCAGCAUAGUGCUUGUCACUUGCGUAAUAAAAGUUGUAAUAUUUACUUUACAGAAUACAAACGUAACAUUGUUAAUUAUUAUAUAACGUGAGGCAAUCAAAUAAACAUAGCAAAGAUUUUCACAAGCACCUCGUACGUUAAUUCGCAGGAAUAAUUUACUCGUGAAAAUUUGAGUCGAAUCGUUGGCAGUAAAUGAACACGAAACAAAACACAUUCGGGGGGGUUAUUUCGUUGUCGAGUUUCGUUUCAGUGAAGUGCAUAAAAAAUAUAUAAUUUUGGCCGGAAAAUAAUUGAGACAACAACAGCAACAACAUGACGGCGUCCUGGCAGGGGGCGAUGUUCGCGGCUCGCAGGCGACAAGAUGACGAAGACACGACGAUGGAAAGCCUCUUUAGAUACACGAAUGAGAACAACACGAAGGAUCCCUUCGAGGGCCCCAACUAUCAUAUCGCCCCUCGCUGGGUGUUCAACCUCACGUCCGUGUGGAUGAUCAUCGUCGUCGUCCUCUCGCUGUUCUCCAACGGCCUGGUGCUCGUGGCCACCGUGAAGUUCAAGAAGCUGCGGCACCCGCUCAACUGGAUCAUCGUCAACCUGGCCAUUGCUGACAUCCUAGAGACCAUCUUCGCCUCCACCAUCAGCGUGUGCAACCAGGUCUACGGAUACUUCAUCCUGGGUCACCCGAUGUGCGUCUUCGAGGGCUACGUUGUAUCCACUUGCGGCAUCGCCGGUCUGUGGUCGCUGGCUAUCAUUUCGUGGGAGCGCUGGAUGGUCGUCUGCAAACCCUUUGGCAACAUCAAGUUCGACGGGAAAAUUGCCACGAUCCUCAUUGUCUUCUCGUGGGUCUGGCCCGCGUCUUGGUGCUCGCUUCCAAUUUUCGGCUGGAGCAGGUACUGGCCGCACGGGCUGAAGACGUCGUGCGGACCGGACGUGUUCAGUGGCAGCACGGACCCCGGCGUGCAGUCCUACAUGGUGGUGCUCAUGAUCACCUGCUGCUUCCUCCCCCUCUCCAUCAUUAUCCUCUGCUACUUACAAGUCUGGCUCGCCAUCCACUCUGUGGCGCAGCAGCAGAAGGAGUCGGAGACGACGCAGAAGGCAGAGCGCGACGUCUCCCGCAUGGUGGUGGUCAUGAUCUUAGCCUACGUCUUCUGCUGGGGACCCUACACAUUCUUCGCGUGCUUUGCGGCCGCGAACCCGGGCUACUCGUUCCACCCGAUCGCCGCCGCCCUGCCGGCUUACUUCGCCAAAGGCGCCACCAUCUACAAUCCCAUAAUCUACGUGUUCAUGAACAGACAGUUCCGCAACUGCAUCUUGCAGCUGUUUGGGAAGAAAGUGGACGACGGCUCCGAGGUGUCCAGCUCGUCCCGCACCGAGGUCUCCUCCGUCUCCAACUCGUCCGUCAGCCCCGCGUGACACCGCGUGCUCCUCACCGCACCGCCCAACCCUCACCGCGCCCCCCCCCCCCCCCCCCCCCGCUCACCGCCGUGCAACGUUCGACUCAACCCUCGCCACGCUUCUGCUCACCACAACCUCACCACUCACUGCUACUCGCCACACUGUUCGACUUCAUCACACUGCUCACCGCCGCUGCUCACCCUCACCACCGCUGCUCACCACGGAGGGAUGCUCAGUGGACACACCGUGCGUCAGCUUGCCGCGCCGCCGUGUGCACCUCACCAGCACGACUCACCGCACCACUCACCAAAUGUGAUCAGCGCAGUGCCCGCCGCCACUAGAUCACUACUCACCAAAGUGCUCACCAACGCUUCCCACCAACGCUACUCAGGCACUGCUCACCAACACAACUCACCGCAGUACUCACCGACGCUCACCAAUAUUACUCACCACAGCGUUGACCGACACUACCCACCGCAGUUCACACCGCAGUACUCACCGACGCUCAGCAGCACCACCAACUCACCAAAACACCAACUCAACACACGGUCCCGUACUCACCUCACCGACGCUCACCAUUAUCCGCUCACCAUCAUCAACAUCAUCGAACGCCAUAUGAAAUAAAAUAAUCGCAACCAUAGUCCCACGCCCAUACUGGCCUGUUUCAGGAACGCACUGCUGGCGUGCAAAUGUACAGCGCAAAAGCACAACGCACGCGUGCGCGCCUGGGUUCGAGUCGGGGUCAAGGCUGAAGCUCAGCGUUCAGCCGGAUCAACACUCGAGCGAACCGGUUGCGUCAACGUUGCGUUGCGCGCAAAUUGCACGACUCGCACCCGGUUGUGAGCGCGGUUGCGCCAACUUUGUGCCGCGCGCGGCUGAACGCGUCGCAGCUGGUUGCGAGCAGUUGCGUCGGUUUUUGCGUGACUCGCAACUGGACAAAGCAGUUGCAGGCGAUGGUUUCAGGUGGGCGACUCGUGAGAGCGAUCUUGUUACUGCUCGACGGAUAGGUCAGGUGUUGGCCUCGGCAGAGCAUCACGAUGAGCGUGCCGAGUGCAGGAUGAGGGGUUCAGUGCCCGUCUUAGGGUUCAAGGUGAACGUUUAGGGGCGGUACUCUUUGGUUCUAUUCGGUAAAGUCACGUAGGUAAAAAAAUAAAACAACAAAAAUCACGACGUUUUUCG